AUGAAGUGUUUUCUUUGUCAUACUGAAAUUCAACAAAAAGAAUGUAAUGUCCAUUUUAAGUCAUGUCACGGAGGUGUUAAUGUGAGUAAAUUAACAUCUAUAACAUGUCCUGAAGACGAUUGUGGUAGGCUUUUUCCUACUUAUAACUCUUACAAAAAACAUGCAAAUGCAGAACAUAGUGAACCAAAUUUAGUUGAAGUCAGUGCUGUUGAUUUGCCUAGUAGUUCUAGUUUAAAUCAGCAUUGUGAAAAUGUCAACCAGCAAGAUCAUGACUCUAGUUCUGUUUCUGUUGAUGCAACAAAGCUUUAUGAUUGUUCUAGAAAGUUAGAGAACUUUGAUCUCUCUGUUAUUUCUCAAGUUGAUCAACUUGUUGCUAAGUUAUAUAGUUUGAAUCACUUUCCUCGGUCUCAUGUUCAGACAGUUAUUGAAGACUUUUCUACAUUAAAUCGUGAUUUAAUUUCUCCCUUAGAAAGUGCUGUAAAUGAAACCUUAACUGAUUGUGGGGCGUCUACCUCUCAAUUUUCUCAUAUUAGCAACAUGUUUAAGAUUGUAACCAACUCUUUCGAGCAUUUGAAGACAGAAUACCGCAGGUUGCAAUAUUUUACUGAGUCUGGUUGUUACAUUGCUCCCAUACAGUAUGAGCUUGGAGAAGUUGAUAUUGCUUGCCAUUCAUCAGACGGUUCUCUUUUAAAAAAGAAAAUGUUGUAUGGACAAAAGAUUCCUUUAGACAAGGUUCUCACAAAGUUCUUGGAGUUACCUGAUUCUUUAUCUUCUGUCAUGGACUAUGUUGAAUAUUUAAAGACUCAAAAUGACAUUCGCAAUUAUAUGCAAUGCCCACACUGGCAAUCUAAACGUUCAAAGUUCUCAGUUGAUGAUAUUGUUCUUCCUUUAUGGGUGUACUACGAUGAUUUUGAAUGUAACAACCCAUUAGGUUCUAAUUGUUUAAAAUUAGGUGGAACAUAUGUGUCUUUACCUUGUCUUCCUCCCGAAUGUCAGAGUAAUAUUGAAAACAUAUUUGUUGCUCUUAUUUUUAAGACAAAGUACAGAGGUUUGUUUGGAGAUAAGGUGUUGUUUUCUCCUCUUAUUGAAAUGCUUACUCAGCUUGAGAAGGAAGGUAUUUUAGUUAGUACUAGUGAUGGACCAAAACGUGUAUAUGUUAUCACGAGUCUUCUUCUUGGUGACAAUCUUGGUAUUAAUUCUCUUGGUGGAUUUGCAGAGUCCUUUGGUGCUAAUUAUUUUUGUCGCUUUUGCAAAACUCACCGCUGUGAUACUUUUACUCAGCUUGAGGAAGAUAGUGCUACUCUCAGAGAUGAGAUUUCAUACAAGGAAGAUGUUGAUACUGACAAUGUCAAAGUUAGAGGUAUUAAGUCAGAGUGUGCUCUCAAUGUUUUGCCUUCCUUUCAUAUUACCUCAAAUUAUUCUAUAGAUUCUUUUCACGACUUGAACGAAGGCGUUGCUCAUUAUACAAUGCUCCAUGUUUUACGCCAUUGCAUUCCUAAAUAUUUUGAUGUUGAUUGUUUGAAUGAUAGAAUCUCUAUGUAUCAGUAUGGUGUAUGUGAGUCGAACAAAGUGCCUCUAUUACAUAGUGAGUUUGCUGACCGGCGUAAGCUCAAAAUGUCAGGUUCAGAAACUUUUGUGUUUGUGAAACAUUUUGGAUUAAUUAUUGGUGACUUGGUACCUUCUUCUGACCCCUUUUGGCGACUCUAUGUUAAACUUCGACAAGUUUUUGAUGUCUGUCAAUCUAAGAUACUAACUAGGUCAAAAGCAAUAGUUUUAAAGGUUCUUGUUAAGGAGUUCAACUCUUUGUACUUGUCUGUCACAAAUGAUACCUUAAAGCCUAAAUUCCACAAUUUAGUUCAUUAUCCAAGAGCAUUAUUAGAAUGUGGUGCUUUUGAACAGAUGUCCACAAAACCCUUUGAAAGGAAACAUAGAGAUCUUUUGGCUCCUGCACACGCCACAACUUCCCGUAGAAAUGUUGGUCUGACCAUUGCUAAACAAAUUCAACUUAAUCUGUGCUUUAGGCUUUUGUCUAAUAAGUCAAUUUUGCCAAAAACUUUGUUUGGUCCAUCUGAUGUGAUAUCUCUGUAUGAUCUUGAUUGUUACUUAGCAAUAGCUAAGCGUCUCCCUAGUAUUAUUUUAUCAAAUGCAUCCACAUGCUUGUCACACAAUUGGGUUGAAAUUAAGGGCACCAUGUACAAAACUGGUAUGGUUUUGUUUAUAAAUGUUAAUGAAGCUGGGCCUGUGUUUGGUAUGAUCGAAUUUAUUAUUUCGAGAGAUGAAUGCAUUUCAUUUGUAUUUAGGUACUUUGUUACUUUUGGCUUCAACCAACAUGUCUGUGCAUUCGAAGUGGACAAUAGUAAUGUUUUUUCUUGCAUUUCUCAAAGUGACUUGUUCGACCCUAUGCCACUCUCUUUAAAUUUCUCCAUAGAAAAUGAGAAAUAUGUCAUUUUAAGACAUGCUAUGUAG